CUCCAAACUUCAACGUCCAUCCGCCACAUCACAUCGCAUCACAGCACCACCCGCCAGCAACCCACGGCUCACCAAACGCGCCGCCGCCCGCCCACCCGACCCGAUCCUCCAGCACAGGCAGACUCUCUCGAGAUGGAAAACGGCAGCGCCUCGCAGGGCGAGGGCAAGGACCCGUCGAGCUUCCUGAGCGACAUCAUCGGCAACCCCGUCGUCGUCAAGCUCAACUCUGGCGUCGUCUACAAGGGCGAGCUGCAGUCCGUGGACGGGUACAUGAACAUUGCGCUGGAGAAGACGCAGGAGUUUGUCAACGGCACCAAGCGAAGGGAGUACGGCGACGCCUUUGUGCGAGGCAACAACGUCAUGUACAUUUCCGCAGACUCAUAGACGGUGAACUGGAAUACUACGAGUUCAAGAAAAGUUUGAC